UGCUUAUUAAUAUGUCCAUUAACUCUUAAGUAGCAGCCAAACAAAGCACGAACUGCUCAUUUCAAAAUGGAAGUAGAAGAUGUGGAAAAUCCAAUUGCUCCGCCGUGGCUGGAAUUGCCGCCGGAGAUUACAUCAGCGAUACUACAGAAGGUGGGGGCGAUUGAGAUACUGAAGAAUGCAGAUAAAGUGUGUACAACUUGGCGGCGAUUGUGCCUAGAACCAGCCAUGUGGCGAGUUGUUAAAAUGCAAAAUGCCGGCGCCGAUUUCUGGGACAGGGAAGAUGACUUGGAGAGGAUAUGCCGUCAAGCUAUCGAUCGUAGCCACGGUGAAUUAAUUGAUAUCAGUCUUGAGUACUUCGGCAGCGACAAUUUGCUCAAUUAUAUCGCUGAAAGAUCACCCCAGCUCAAACAUCUUCGACUCGUAUGUUCCUAUAAUGUCUCAGCCGAGGGGUUGAGUGCAGCAGUGAAGAAGUUCCCAUUAUUGGAGGAACUGCACCUUUACUACAUCACAAUCACCAAAGAAGCUAUUGAAACUAUAGGCCGUUCUUGUCGUGCUUUAAAGUCUUUUAAGUUGAACAACCAGGUCUGUAGACACCCCUACAUUGAAUAUGAUGAAGAAGCCAUAGCAAUUGCAGAGAACAUGCCUGAACUGCACCACCUUCAACUCUUUGGAAAUAAGAUGACAAAUGAAGGAUUGGAAGCUAUUCUUAAUGGUUGUCCUCACCUUGAAUCACUUGAUCUGCGACGAUGUCUUAAUGUCCAUCUAGGAGGGGAUUUAGGGAAGCGAUGUUCUCAACAGAUCAAAUAUCUAAGACACCCUCAAGAUCCCAUCGAAGGUUAUGGGCUUGAUACUGAAAUGCACGAUUCUGAAUCAUAUGAUGAGGAUUACCCAUCUGGAUUUUCUGACAUCGACCUCAUCUCGGAUGACGAUGAUCAUUAUGAAUUUUCUGAUGCCAGCAACUAUUCUGAUGAUGAUGAGAUGUUCUUCGAGUAUUGACGGUCCCUCUAUUCUGUUGAUGGAUGGAUAGCUGCAGACCUACACAAGCACUCGAGCAAGAACAUAAAUGUAUCACCAUGACCUUGCUUAACCGCGAUCUCUUGUGUAGGAUGGACUAAAAUUGAAGAUAUUUGAAGGGGGAGAAAUUGUCAAAAUGACUUCUUUCUUUGCUCCUGCUGGAAUAUUUUGAGCCAACUGAAGAUGUUAUGUUUUACUUAAUCUGCUAAGAUUGUUGUACAUUAAUUAAAAAAUAAAUUGCUUGAGAUGGGAAGUGUUGAAUUCUAAUACAAAUACAUAAAACAGGUAAGAGAUAUUUUCUGUUGUGUUUUU